GAUGCAACGCUGGAAAACAGCUGAUUUGUGAAAUUUUGUUAAAUUGGGGUUAUCAACAAUUUGUUUUCGUAAACAAAUUAAUUCGCAAAACUUUGAACAAAACAAAAUUCAGUCGUUAUGUUGACUGCAAAAAUAGGUAAAGUUGGCAAAGUACUAGUAUGCGGUAUGAAAGGUGUUGGCAAAACGGCGUUGUUGGAGCAACUAAUUUAUGGAAAUGUCAAUAUGGAUACGGAAAUCCACCCCACGAUAGAAGAUAUAUAUGUUGCUAGUGUGGAUACAGGACGUGGUGGCUCACGCGAAACUCUACGUAUUUAUGACAGUGCUGGGCUACAGGGCAAGGGACAACUGCCACGCCACUAUCUUUAUUUCCCAGAUGGUUAUGUAUUGGUAUAUGAUCCUACUGAUCCCAGUAGUUUAGAUAUGUUGGCAGAUAUUAAAACAGAUAUUGAUCGUAACAAGGAGAAAAAAGAUAAUGUUGCCAUAAUAGUUUUGGCUAAUAUGCGUGCACGCAACAGACGUGACUCACCAGCAUCGCCACCUAUACAAGUGACGCAGCCACAAGCACAACAACAGCAGCCAGAUCCAGUGGAGUCUGUCUUGAAUCGGGCAAAUAGUUGGUGUGCUCGUGAACGUAUUAAACAUUACACAGUAAAUGCGAUGGAACGUCCGUCUUUAUAUGAACCAUUUAUAUCGUUGUGCUCCCGUUUGCAUCCACCACCUACAAAGAGUAGUUUCCCACAAUUGCGUCAGGUGAUGCAGAAAACGCAAAAAAGCGAUAGCUAGGACGGGGAAUCGGAUGGUGGCGGUGAUAAUAUGUUGUGGUGCAUUACAGGGUGUCAGCGCAUCGGCGGUGGUGGUGGUGGGCCUUAAGGUUUUACGAGAAGUUAAGCAAUUUCUAAAUGGUAUUAAAAUUCGAAUUUUCUACUGACUAAAAUUAGUACUUAAAUAAUUUAUGUGUAAGGUGUUUAAUACGAAAUGUUAGCUGUUAAGUUAAUUUACAGUGUAAUAAAAAGUAAUGUAAAGUAUUAAUCCGCUA